UGAAACUUAAUUAUGAUUGCAUCAGCUUACCUCAUACUUAGAUAAGUUAAUUGUUGUUUUAACAAUAAUAUUUUAACAAUAAUUAUAUUCUGGACCAGUAUAAGGCUGUGAUAGUUAUUGGCCGCGCUACAGAAUUAAAUGUCAAUUCUGCGGACGAGAACAUCCUGAUUAUUUUUAGAAAGUCACUGGCUAUUUCUUUUCUUCCUGCUGCUAACAUACCAGAAGGAUUCUUGUCGCUUAAAGCAAAUAUUCCUGGUUUAUGUGCCUGCUCUUGAAGAAUUAUUGCAGUAUUACCAACAAAGCUGGAUCAAUUCAAUGGGCCCUGAGAAUUUUUCUUUCUACAAUGAUUUAGAUUCAUUCAAUGAUUCAGUGAAGAAUCACAUCCAGAACUUAACCAACUCUUUUGGAAAUGAUAGCAGUAUCUGGAAUUGCCUAAAUAUUUAUUUUAUUAAUUUAUAAUCGGAGUACUUUUAAAUCAGAGUAUUCGCUCACACAGCGAUUUCCAGUCAUUAAAUAACAAUGGUCGCAUCACAUGCACACCGAGAUGUCGGAGUCUAGUGUCUACACGAAAAUUGCGUCGACUUUGGGAAUUAUUCAGUGCUGAACGUAUGGAUUACCAUUUGUUUUUUGCCACUGCUUCUGGAAUUUUAACACCAUUUGUUAAUGAUGUUAUUCAUAAUGGCGUUAGAAUUAUUCAUGAUUUACGCCUUUAUGAAGAAAACAAUGUCAAGGUGAACGUUAAUCUAGCAAACCAAAACCACGGGGCUCAUUAUGUAGGACAAUUGGUAUUCGAGGAACUAGUUGUUGACAAUGUCAGGCUUCUGAACCAUCGUAUUCCGAGAGUUGAUGUUGUUGGUAACCUAUUAAUAGACAACAAUUUAAAUGGUAAUAAUGUUAAUCAAGAAGCUAACGCCGAAGCUGCUGAUAAUGCUUACAACGACCAAAUUCGUGAAGAAGGUGCUAACGAUGGUGGUGAUAAUCCCCAGAAUGCUGAAGCUGCUUAUGUUCAUGAAGAUGAUAAUGAUGAUGAAAUUCAACUAAUUAUUCCAAAUAAUGGACCUAUAGAAAAUGCUGGAGUUGUUCCAGUGGCUGUAGGCAUCGUACCGGAUGAUCGAGUUUUUGAUGCAGUCGAACACUUAUGCAUACUUUGUGCUGACCAGCCCGUCAACCGGUAUUUUUUACUAUGCAGGCAUCAAAUUGCUUGCUGUGGAUGUAUUGAAAGUUGGCGGGCAGUAUCAAUCGAGAGCGAGACAGAUUUUAUAUGCCCCGUCUGUCGACAACUCAUAAAUGAAGUGGCCAUAGUGACGGCUGCUGCUGCUGCCUAAACGAUGGCUCUC